AUGGCAUGCACUUCAGUGGCGGCAUCUCCCGCAGCUACAGGUUCUACAACGCAGCACUUGCUGAAAGAGCACUACGACGGGCUCCGUCGUUCGGAAUCAGGCAAAGACUUGAGGAGGAGUCGACAAGCUAACAUCCGGAGGUCGCAUUCUGUCGAUCACCUGUUAUUGUGCAAAUCUGUCAACUGCAACAAUACACGUGCCUGCUCAUCAGUGCAGCCGAAAUUGAAGAGCAGCCAUUCGUUUGGAUUCCCGUUGCUCCAAAUGUCGGCCAAUGCCUCCUUCAUCCCAGGCCCAGUUAAGUCCCUUCUACUGUUUGACACAGAGUCGACGACGAGCAUAGAGGAGGAUGGUGAUGAGGAGGAGGUGGCCAGUACUAGUGGAGCUCAGAGGUCGGAACAAGAGAGCAAUGAAAUGAUAAGUCACGACGAACACAUCAACGAGGGAGUUACGAGAGCGAAUUGGGUGGAGAGGCUCUUAGAAAUCAGAAGCCAUUGGAGGAGGAAUAUUAGACAACAGAAGAAAGAGGACCAUGACAUGGCCAUCGACUCUUCCUCUUCUUCUGAUCACCAUGUGGACAAAACCGGCUGUGACUGUGAUGGUUUUGAUGGCGAUGAUGAAAAUUCUGGCUGCAUGGUGGAUUACAACAGCUCAGAAGAAGAAGAAGAGGACAGGUACUAUAACAAAGAGACCUUCUCCAGACUCUUGGCACGCGUUCCUUGGUCCGACACUAAGCUCUUCUCCAAAUUGGCUUUCCUGUGCAACAUGGCUUAUGUUAUACCUGACAUUAAGUUUGUGACAUCAUCUUUGGAAAAGAAAGCUGAGGUGGCUGCAAUGAAAGCAAAGCUUGAUAAUGGAGAUUCUACUUGUGUUUUACCUCCAAUCGUUGAGCAGCCUAGUGAGGACCAAGAAGAACACAAGUGUCGUCCAGAAGUUGCUUAUGAGAUUGCCGUUUCUGCAGCUUCUUAUGUUCAAUCACGGGCUAAGGAAAUUCAUCCAGAUCAAAGCUCUUCUUAUUCAAACCAACCUCAUCCAUUGUACAAAAAGUCGUCGCCAGAGGUGGCAGCAUAUGUUGCUGCAUCAACUAUGACGGCAGUUGUGGCAGCAGGGGAGAAGGACAAACAGGAGACUGCAAACAACCUCCAGUCCCUCCAGUCAUCUCCUUGUGAAUGGUUCAUCUGUGAUGAUUCCAGUACUUGCACUCGUUGUUUCGUAAUUCAAGGUUCGGACUCCUUUGCUUCUUGGCAAGCAAACCUCUUCUUUGAACCUGCCAAGUUUGAGGGAACUGAUGUGCUGGUUCACAGAGGAAUUUAUGAAGCAGCUAAGGGAAUAUAUGACCAAUUUAUGCCAGAGAUUAUGAGUCAUUUGGAGACGUAUGGAGAUCGUCGUGCAAAGCUUCAGUUUACAGGUCACUCACUAGGCGGUAGUCUAUCGCUUAUGAUCCACUUGAUGCUGUUGACAAGGAAGGUAGUUGUCAAUCCAUCUAUCCUAAGACCAGUGGUCACUUUCGGCUCCCCUUUUGUGUUUUGUGGAGGUAAGAAAGUGCUCAACAGCUUGGGUUUGGAUGAAUCCCACAUCUGCUCUGUUGUCAUGCACAGGGACAUCGUCCCAAGAGCUUUCUCCUGCAACUAUCCCGACCAUGUCGCGCUGCUUCUCAAGCGUUUGAACGGAACCUUCAGGUCCCACCCUUGUCUUAAUAUGCAAAAGAGGUUGUACUCUCCUCUUGGGAAGCUGUUCAUCCUCCAGCCUGAAGAGGAAUCAUCCCCUGCACAUCCUUUAAUGCCGUCGGGAAGUGGCUUCUAUACUUUGGACAAUUCGAAGCUAGGAAACUUCUCUGACGACGUCGACAACGACUCCAAGUCCAAGUCCUACUCCAAGGGUAGUGCCCUCAAGGCAUUUCUGAAUCUCCCUCACCCACUGGAAACUCUAAGUAACCCUACAGCAUAUGGUUCAGAAGGCACAAUCCUACGAGACCAUGAGUCGGGCAACUACCUGAAGGCGUUGCAUGGACUUGUGAGGCAAAACACAAAAACAACGACUAGGAAAGCAGUGAAGCAAGUGAGUAACAACGUCUUGUGGCCGCUGCUAAAGGCACCCUCUCCUCAUUCGUGGGAGGAUCAACACAACAAUACUGGAAGUAACGCUUUCGAGGGCAACAACUUGUUGGUGAACAAGGAAGUAAUAACUAGUAGAGUAUGAGUGCAAUUUUAUUUUUGUUUCUAGGUUCCACUUUUGUAGUUAUUCAAGCUCAUUGCCAUCAUUUGCGUUGUUAUUUCAGAUAUCUUCCAUAUGUAAAUCUUGUAUGAUUUUUGGGCGUUACCCUUUCCUAGGACGUGGGUCGACAAUGUACCUAGUAAGCAGAGGUGUUCAACAGGUUGGUCCGUACCGGACCGUACUAGACCAAACCGAUGCUUGGAUCGUACCAUGCAUAUCGAAGAUAAUAUGGUUCGGUCUUUGGCCUCAUUUAUUUUAUAAACACUGAAGAGAAGUUGACCGAAUUGACAUUUGGACUAGAGAGGGC